UUUCCACAAGUUACGAACUUGUGGAAGAAAUUACUGUGGAAAAAAUUUAGACAGGAUGUGUAAUAUGAAAACAGGCUGCACUGAUAGCAUUGUUCUACUGCAGUAGAAAAUCAGAGGGAGUGAAUUCUUAAAGUGCAUUCAUUCUCUGACCACCUUUGAUUUUAAAUGGUUUAAUUUUUUUUAUUUUUAUCGUGUUUCUGAAGAGAAUAACUGGGAACAAUGUUUUUCAUCCUUCUGGUUGUUUCUUUGAUGAGUUUUCUGUCUGACUUCCAUGUCUCCAGUUGUGAUCUAAAAUGUGCAGAUAAACCUGGGUUCACACCAUCCAGACUGGCAGUGAAGCAUGGUGACCCAACCUCUGCUACCUGCUCUACAUUACAUUCUUAUGACAUUUUUCUGGGACCACUUAUAUUAAACAAAUAUAAAAUUGCAUGGGUAGUUAGCAAAAUUACUGAAGAGGACACAUUUUGGGUGUGCUAUUUUGAUGAUCAUAAUGAUCACCGGUGCUGCACCAGCCUUCCUGUAACUGUGCAUAAGCCUCCAGACACUGUGUCCUUCAGCUUUAGGGAUCACUCUGGACCGUUGUUAGAGGGUCAUCAGUACGCUCUGCAGUGUGAAGUACAGAACGUUGCUCCUGUUGAAAACCUCACUGUGACCUUCUACAGAGGACAGACAGCACUGGGUCAACUACAGUCCAGCAACACAGGGAAGAAACCAGUGACUGAGAUCUUCACUCUGAACAUCAACACCAGUAAAGAAGAUGAUGGAGUCCAGUACUGGUGUGAACCCAAACUGGAGCUGGGACUUAAACGACCACAGCCCCCUCCAGUGGUGACGUCAGCAAAAUUCAGUGCCAUUGUGAACAGUAAUCCUGCCAGUGGGAAUACCCCCAGUACCAGUUCCACACUGAUUCCCAGCUUCAAACCACCAGACAGUGUGUCCAUUGGCUUUAAUUAUGGGCGGAUGCGUAAAUACGGCCAGUGUACUCUGCUGUGUAAAGUACAGAAAGUUGCUCCUGUUGAAAACCUCACUGUGACCUUCUACAGAGGACAGACAGCACUGGGUCAACUACAGUCCAACAACACAGAGAAGAAACCAGUGACUGAGAUCUUCACUCUGAACAUCAACAACGGAAAAGAGGAUGAUGGAGUCCAGUACUGGUGUGAAGCCAAGCUGGAACUGGGACCUAAAGGACCACAGCCCCCUCCAGUGGUGACAUCAGAAAAAUUCAGCUCCCCUUGGACCAUACCCAGUACCAGUUUCACACCUAUUCCCAGCUUCAGUAUGUGCUUCAUGCUUUUAUUCUUUUCUCUGGUCUGAGUUCAUCCACACAGUUAUUAAGAGACAGUUUGUUUUCAGAGCUGUAACAUUAUAAAUAGCCACCAUCUUCUGUAUAGCUUAAUCUGUUCAAAUGAAAAGGCUUCCUAUUAUGUAUUAGUUUCCACAAUGCAGUACUGAUUGUCAACCACUAGAGUGCUAUAGUGUGUAAUCUAUAACAUGAGCAAUGGUUUAAAUAACAGUAACAGUAAUUUUAUACAUGCAUAUUCACUUAAAAGAUAUAUUUUCCAUGAUUCCUGUUCAAGUAGACCAAGAGUUACUUGAAAUAAAAAUACAAAGUCUCAGUAAAA